GGGAACGUGCUUAUGAUUUAUGACUACGGUUAAACAAUAAGAAUCAGCGGCCAUUAGGAUUCAGACAUGAGAUACGAGGCUGGAAUGCAGUCUCAUGUUGCUGGUCGGACAUAUGGGUCCCGUGCUUGUUCGCUGUUUUUGGUUCUUAUAGCCCUCCCUCGGAUGUUCAGGCCAGGCAAGACUCCUCUUCUUUCUCCAUUUGUCCUCGGGACGGCUCCUCUGUUUCCUUACCCCUCAGAAUGCCCUCUCCUCUGCUUCUCUCGUCAAUUAUUUGACAACCUUUCUACCUUUCUUUGAUUUGAUUCUCUCUCUGUUUUUUUUCCAAUUUUUUAUGUCUCCUAAAGUUUACAAAAAAGCAUUAUCUUUUUCUUGUGAAAAUAAACGUUAUUCCUCUCCCCCCCCCUCCUUCCCUCUUUCGGCCUCCUCUCCUCUGUUCCUGUGUCAGAAUUGCAAAGGCAGAAUCCAUAACCAAAAACUCGACCUGAUCAUAACAGAGCAAAAGGAGCUCAAAUUAGAUUAGAGAAUGAAUGGUGUCGCACACCUAGAACCGGAUUACUCUGAGUUCGUCGAAGUUGAUCCUACUGGCAGAUACGGCAGAUACAAUGAAAUCCUCGGCAAAGGAGCUUCGAAGAUAGUAUAUAGAGCAUUUGAUGAGUAUCAAGGGAUUGAAGUUGCAUGGAACCAAGUCAAGCUGUAUGAUUUCCUUCAAAGCCCUGAAGAACUUGAGCGGCUCUACUGUGAAAUUCAUCUUCUCAAAACGCUGAAACACAAAAACAUUAUGAAAUUUUACACUUCUUGGGUUGACACUGCCAAUAGAAAUAUCAACUUCGUCACUGAAAUGUUUACAUCUGGUACACUCAGACAGUACAGGCUAAAGCACAAGAGAGUAAACAUCAGAGCAGUGAAGCAUUGGUGUAGACAAAUAUUGAGAGGACUUCUGUAUCUUCAUAGCCACGACCCACCUGUGAUCCACAGAGAUCUCAAAUGCGAUAACAUUUUUAUUAAUGGAAACCAAGGGGAAGUGAAGAUUGGGGAUCUUGGCCUGGCAGCAAUUCUCAAAAAAUCCCUCGCUGCUCAUUGUGUCGGAACACCUGAGUUUAUGGCCCCAGAAGUAUAUGAAGAGGCAUAUAAUGAAUUAGUUGACGUAUAUUCCUUUGGAAUGUGCAUAUUAGAGAUGGUGACAUUUGAAUAUCCUUACAGCGAGUGCAGUCAUCCGGCUCAAAUCUACAAGAAAGUUAUAUCUGGGAAAAAGCCAGAUGCUUUGUAUAAAGUUAAAGAUCCGGAAGUGCGACAAUUUGUUGAGAAAUGCUUGGCAACAGUGUCUUUAAGACUCUCAGCAAGGGAGCUUCUUGAUGACCCGUUUCUCCAAAUUGAUGAUAACUUCUAUAAUUCGACACUAGUAGAUAGUAGAGAAUUUGAUGACUUGGGCCCUUUUGGCCGUCAUCCAUUCUUAGAUCUUCACCGCAGUUAUAGCAACGUAAGCGGUGAAUACUCAAAUUAUUAUGGAUAUGACGCUCCAGGAUACUGGUAUUCUCAUCCAGUUGAUACUGAACCAAGUGGAAUCGAACUUUUUGAGCAUCGCGAUGACGAUCCAGCUGAAGAUGUUGACAUAAGCAUCAAAGGCCGGAGGAAAGAUGACGGUGGCAUCUUUUUGAGACUAAGAAUUGCGGAUAAAGAAGGUCGUGUCCGAAAUAUUCAUUUCCCGUUUGACAUAGAGAUGGACACAGCACUAAGUGUGGCAACUGAAAUGGUUGCAGAACUUGAUAUUACUGAUCAAGAUGUGACCAGAAUAGCAGAUAUGAUAGAUGGGGAAAUAGUCUCCCUGGUGCCUGAAUGGAGGCCGGGACCAGGGAUUGAGGAAACUCCUCGCUUCGCAAAUCAAAAGCAUUGUCACAAUUGUGCAUCGAAUCAUACAUCAAGUGGCUCCAUGAAUUUUCUGCCACAUACUUCAGGUGCCAAGAACUCGCAACUUCUUCCAUGUUGUAGUGCUUCAACGCAUGGGCGGUUUGAGGAGAUCAUGUUCCAGUCUGAGUAUGAAGAUCGUGUUAGAGAGGAUGCUCCAAACACAUCAACCCAAUAUCAGGAGUUGUGGAAACAACCUGAAAGUUGCGAGAUCACUCCUGUAGAUUCUGAACGCAGCCAUUCUAAUGAACAAAAUGAACCAGUAGAUAAACAAGCAUCAGCAGAAGACAAGGGAGAGGUUGUCAGGGAAAGUGAAAUUACACCCAACUCAAGAAAUUGUCUAUCAAAUCUAUCAAGAUUCCAUUACUUAUCUACAAUUCGUUCACUGUGUGUUGACCUUGAGGACAGGGGUGGGAAAGAGAUUCAACAGGAACUCAGAUGGCUCAGAGCAGCCUAUCAAAUCGAGUUAAGGGAACUCAGGGAUCGACAAUAUAGUAUGUCAUUGUCCCUUUCGCCGAGAGACGCAUUAAACACAGGCAACCAAGAGAUUCACUCAAAAUCCUUUACUAACAAUUGGAGUUGCCGUUCUAUUGUCAAUAUGAGCCGCCCCAAUUCGGACACCCAAAUGGCCCGAACUUGUGAGGCGAUGGGUUUCACUGGUGAAGAAGGUGUGGUUAAUACAAAGAGUUCGUAUGCAGGGUCAUUGCUUCCUCCCUCUCUACGCAGGACAGUUUCCCUCCCAGUCGAUGCUGUCGACGUAUAAAACAUAGAUUCUUUCAUGGAUAUAAAAUACCUUACAUAGACUCUUUCCUUCCGAGAUAAAGUGAUUUAGAAACAAUAAACUCUGUGGAGGGAUCAUGCCGACAAUAGUGAAUGACAUACCGUGUGUAAGAUCUUCAAGGGACGAUACACUGAAUCAAGUGUGUGAUUGGCUGCCAGCCUUUUGCUCAUCUAAAAGUUUUCUUAUUAUAAUGUUAUUAAUUUUAUAAAAAAAAUGGCACAGCCAAUCAUUUCUCUCCC